CAAAAAUACGAAAAGUCAAAAAUCUUUCUCUCUCAAGAUACAAUCACAUAAAAUACCAGAUCGAAACUCUGUCUUCGAAAACCAUUCAUCAGAUACAAAACACACAGGAAAAGAAAAAAAACAAGAUGGAAGAAACUCAGAAUCAGGUAUUGGAAGAAGAAGCAAAAGGAUCAACGACGGUGGAGAAAGUGUAUAUAGCCGUAGGAAACGAUUUACAAGAAGGUUUCAAGACGAUCGAUUGGGCUUUAAAGAAAUGGGACAACAUACCAAUCUCCAUCGUUCUUCUCCACCUCUGCAGCAUUUCUCAAGAUUUCGUCUACACCCCUUUUGGGAAGCUCCCAGCGAGUUCUGUGAGCGAGGAGAAGCUUCAAGUACUGAGAAAGUACGAAGACCAAAAGAUCAACAAGUUGUUGUCUAAAUACGUUACUUUUUGUAAAAAGUUACAGGUGGAAGCAGAGUUACACAAGGUGGAGAAGGAAGACGAUUCAAUCCAAGUGCUAAUCUUAGAUCUGAUCACAAAGCUCCGAAUCACAAAACUCGUCAUGGGAAUCACUUUCAUGAGAUCUUCUUCAUCUUGGAAAUCUAAGAGUGCGAUAAGCGGAUCGUUCCACAUAUAUCAGAAUAAACCGGAUUUUUGCGAGUUUUAUAUAAUCUGUGGAGGCAAAAUGGUUUUGCUAAAGAGAGAGAACGAUGCCAACAACAAUAUUAGAAGCUGGAUUGGUAAAAUGUUCCAUGAUCCGGGGAGAAACUUAGACCGUUCAUCUAACGGCAGUGAUGAUCCAGCGGCUAGUGGAAGUCCAUGGGAUAAGAACUUGCAGGAGAUGGAGAUUUAUUUCCAGCAACUGUUGAGUUUAAAUCUUGAAGAAGACGAUGAAGACAAUGUCCAAGAAGAAGAGGAUGAAGAUGGUGGUGACGAGGUGGCACUAGACGUGCUGCAACAUUUGAAUGUAGGAGAGAAGUUAGAGUAUGUGAGAAGAAAGGUGAAUGAAGCCAAGCUGAUGAUAGAUGAGAACAUGAGAGAAGUCAAAGUCAACGCUGAGAGAUCAGACAAAGCUGAAUGGGCUAUCUCUUUAUGCAACUGCAGAAUUGAAGAGCUUGAAGCUGGGAUCAAAGAAGAAACCGAGAGACGAGAGAAGCUUCAAGGGACGCUAGAUUCAGACAGAGAAUGCAUUGAACAAACAAAGAACGACGUCGAAAAAGGAAAAGCAAAGCUAGUUUCUCUUGGGGAGCUUCGAGAGGAGCUCUCAAGCAAGGUUGAGACAAUGAGGGAAGCUAAACAGCGAGCAGAAGCUGAGCUAGAGAGGGUCGCGUUAGAGAAAGGAGAGAUGAUAAUGGAGAUCGAGAAGCUUAAGAACCAAAGAGAUGUUUUCAACCGUAGGAUUGAGUUUUGCAAAGAGAAAGGGCUGUUGGACUCCAAGGAAGAAGAAGUAAAGUGUGGGUAUAGAGAGUACGUUGCAGAGGAUAUAAGACUGGCCACAGAGAGUUACUCUGAUCGCUUGAGGUUAAAAUCUGGCGGUAACUGGACGAAUGUGUACCGAGGGAGGAUCAAACACACAACAAUGGCUGUGAAAGUGAUCGGCGACCGUUUAUCAUCGGAUGAGGAGUUUGCAGCAAAGGUGAAGCUUUUGAAUGAGAUUAGGCAUCCUAACUUGGUAGCAAUAGCUGGAUUCUCUUCAGAGAGGCCUAAGUGCAUACUCUUCGAGUAUAUGCAUAGUGGGAAUUUAAGGGACAAUCUAUUCACAUCGCAGAGGAAAUCAAGAAGAAGCAAGAUACUUAAAUGGCACGAUAGGAUUCGUAUAGCUCACCAGGUCUGCUCCGGACUCGGGUUUCUACAUUCCGUUAAGCCGAAACCGAUCGUCCACGGUCGUCUCACGCCUUCCAAGAUCCUCUUGGACCGUAACCUUGUAGCUAAAAUAACAGGUUUUGGACUUGUAAUGCAUAGUGACCAGUCUGAUACAAAGCCUGAUGUUAUGGCUUUCGGAGUAUUGCUACUUCAUCUUUUAACCGGGAGAAACUGGCCCGGUUUGCUGAAGGCGAUGUCGAUGAACCAGGCGAGUAUCCUCAGGGAUUUGGACCAAACGGCUGGUAAGUGGCCGUUGGAGUUAGCUAAGGAGUUCGGUGCACUUGCGGUGAAAUGCUCUUCGGUUAACAGAGGAGGGAACAUGGAUUUUUCGACGAAAGAGAUCAUGGAGGAGCUUGGUAAGAUUAUGGAGAAAGCUAAUGAGUUUAGAACCAAAGGAGGAUACGAGGAAGCAACUAACUCAAAGAACGAUGAAGCGGAUCCGAAUGAUAUACCGAGUGUUUUCAUAUGUCCUAUACUUCAAGAAGUGAUGAAGAAUCCACAUAUUGCAGCAGAUGGGUUCUCGUAUGAGCUUGAGGCUAUAGAGGAGUGGCUAAGCAUGGGACAUGACACAUCUCCUAUGACGAAUCUGAGACUGGAUUAUCAAGUUCUAACACCGAACCAUACUCUUCGUGCUCUCAUUCAAGAUUGGCAUAGCAAAAAAGCAGCACAAGCUUCCUCCUAAGUUUCUACUUUUGUAUACAUACAC